AUGUCUCAAUCAGAGAGAAUUACAACGUUACUGAAAGACAUGUUGGAAGCUGAAAGAGCGAUAAUUGCUACCAGCAAUGAAGUAGAUAAAAGGAUUUACUACGAUCAAGUUGAGUAUACCAACAGAAUAAACUUAUCACUUACUUUAUACACAUACGGGUUGGUUGGAAUACCUUUGAUAAUGCUCAAUUACAUCAGCUAUUUGCAGUUUGAGAAGACUCAUAUACUGACCAAUACCACAGAGUCCAAACCACUUCCUUAUGUUUCUUGGUUUCCUUUCGAUUCAGAUGAAUAUUAUUUCGUCGCAUUCGGAAUGGAUUCUGUUGCAGCCUUCAUGGGUUCCACCUAUAACUGCCUAGUGCAAUUAUUUUUUAUUGCUAUCAUGACAUUCGUGAUAGGAAGACUGAGGAUUCUGCAGGAGCAUUUCAGAAACUUUGACGAAAUUGAUGAAUUUGGAAAAAAUAUUGGGGGAGAAUCCGGAACUGAUCGAAAUGAGGAUCAUGAUGUCUUGAGGAAUUUGAAAAGACUAAUUUUAGAACACAUGGAGAUUAUAGGGUGUGUGAAGAAAUUGGAUGAUUCCACGAAAUACUUGCUGUUACUCGAAUUUUUGAUGAAUUCUUUUCAAAUUGCUUCGUUGCUAGUACAGCUUUUAACGAGUUUAGAAUUGAGCAAUGCCCUCUAUGAAAGCAGGUGGUAUGAACACAGUGUUGCUGUUAAGAAAUGUAUCCAUCUCAUGAUGUUGAGAUCACAAAGGCCAUUAACUCUACAAAUUGGUCCAUUUUAUCCUAUGACUAUGAGUACUGCAUUAUCUACCGUUAAAGCUGGAUACUCAUAUGUAACAAUUCUCAGAAAAUGAAUCACUCUAUAUGGGUAUGUAAGCAAACCUGAACACUGAAUGCUUAUUACCUCACAGAUCAUGAUCACCUACAUCGUAUAUUUCAGAAACUAGCACAUAAAAAAUGUUUACACUUCAUGGUAGACUCUGCCAUGCAUUACAAGUGACAGACACUUUUGUAAUGUGAUGCAAGAUGUUGAUAAUAAAAUAUAUAUGCAAU